AUGUCUUCAAUUGAACUGCUAAACCAAUUGUAUCAUAGCAUAAUAUCGCAGAUUGGUACAUUGGAAUCAAAAAAUGAAGACCUCGAGGUGCGAUUGAAAGUUCAGGCAGACCAAUUCACGAGACAGAUUGAAGGCUUGCAGCGUGAAUUGAAAUUUAAGGAUGAAGAAAUAAGGAGAUUAGAGAAUGGUUCUGCAUGUGUGAAGCUAGGACCUCCACCCAGAUUGCCCUUUACGCCGGUAUCUUCUAGAAAAUCUCCAGCUAAACGAAGGAAGAUUGUAAUUAAGCAAGAGCGUAGCGAUGAGGAAGAUAUGGUGACAAGACGCGAAUCUAAUCUUGAAAGUCCACAACUGGGGCAGCCAGAUCGGAGUCUACACAUGGCACAGGAGCAUACAAGCCUGGAUAGCGCAGAUCGGAGUUUACACGUAGAGCAGGUGCCAAAUCUGGAUGAGUCAGAUGGGUACUUACACGUAGAACAGGAAGUGUUGCCAUUAUCCGGCCAGAAUCAGCAUCUGCGCAUGAAGGACCAACGAAAGGAGCUGCUGCUUCUUCCCUCCGACAGCCCUAUAGACAAUCAGUACCAAGAUGCUUCGCCCUUGGCUAGACUUUCUCCAAUAAAGUCCGAAUUUGACUUGGAUCUAAGAUUGUUACAGAAGUUGGCUUCAUCACAAAAUGCAGAGGAUUCGGAGUUUGCAAGACUACCAACUCAAUACUCGGAGCAAUCAAACUCUCCGGUAAAGUCCACUCAACUUGGCCUCAACUUAUCUCCUGUUAAACCUACUCAGAUCAGAACAAGUCCCUAUCGAUCUCAGCAAAGCGAUACUGUUUCUACAUCAAACUGUGAUGCCGAUAUCGAAGUUGUUGACGAUUCUGAUGAAGAGUAUGACCUCUUGAGAUCUCCCCUUGUAGAUAUAACGAAUACCAAAUCUAAUUUGACUCCUCUCCAAUUGAGAGACCAGAAAAGAAUAGAGCUCAACUAUAAGCUUCGAAAUGAUCCUGAUUUCAAGAUUUCUCUUGGCCCAGACUCUAUCCAUCCGGUGUAUCAGCAAAGGUGGAUGAUUUCAGAUUUCGAGCCUAACCCUAAAUAUGUUAAGCAAAAGCUCAAAAGGAAAGUAGGUAAGACUUGGAAAGAGCAACAAGAAAUCGAUAGGUUUUAUAAAUUGGCAGGCCCAGGAGUUCAACUCAAAUUGAUACAGUGGAAUAAUGAGGACGACAAAGAAAACUAUAGCAAUAAGACUAAGGCGCCCCAAAUUUCACAGCUAUAUGACCGUUUCCCUUCCCCACCAGGCUUUAACGAGGUGGACUUCCCAACAACUCAAGAAGAGAUGGAAAGGAAACUUCAUAGCGAGAGAGUUCAAAGCGUAAGAAUUCAAAGUAGAUUGGCCGAAGCGACAAAACCAGGGUCAGGAAGUCAUGUGUUUAGAGAGAAACUUUUAAAUGAAUAUGUCAAAGCUGAAAGAUUUACUACUUAA